CCAGUUUCCAGCGACUUUUUCUCAAUGCCUUGUAGACCCUCACUCCACAAGGCUGCCGUUACGGCCUCAGUCAAGAUUAUGGCGCCUGUUGGCUCCCGCACCCUGUGGGGUUCUUCUAAACGGGCUUGCAUGGCAGGUCGUGAGACGUAUCGCGCUUCCUUGACAGGUUUCAGGCCCAAGGAACCACCUGCCGCCUUACCGAGUUUUCCUUGCUUGUGAAUGCCGCCAAGGGACUUAUAGAUGAUGCCGUAUUCGCUGAUGUUGUUCGAAUGCCCACUACUUUCAGCUGCGAGUUCAUCUGUACUUGAGAACUGUCGAUCGAGGGUUACGCUCCUUUGUUUGCUUCCUCUAAUUCUUUUCCUCAGAUCACGUUGAACGUAUCUGUUUUCUUUUCAAGUACACCGCGAGUCGGAUUCUUUCCAUCUUAACUUUUAUUUAGUCCGCAUUCUGCACCACCAUCAUGCGGUUCUCUACCACGAUAUCUUUACUGCUCGUCGCCGGUGUAGCUCAAGCUCAGUUCGGAGGGUUUCCAGGUCAGGGAACUCAGUUCGGAGGGGGAGGUGCCGGAGCAGCAGGUGCCGGAGCAGGAAGUGCCAAACAGUCUGGUCAAACAGGGAAGCAGGACGCCGCCACAGGCACCCAAAAGGGCCAGGGGUUGACACUCGAUCCAAAAAACGUGCAGACUGGUAGUCAGUCUAGUGGUCUAGACAAAGAUGCUGAGGCUGGUCAAGCCGCCUCCGAUACUGACAAUGCCAACUUCAUAAACUUUUGUACCGGCAAGACCAUCACAAAUGGCCUCCAGGUUCGUGCAGGGUCUUGUAACGGCAUUCCCAUGGGAGACAUACCAUCCGCAACUCAGAUGGUGUCUGCCGUCUUCACCAACCCACAAAACAACCAGGUUAUCGCGCCCAACACCGCAAUCAAGUUUUCCGUCCAAAUCGCCAAUCUGCAAGCCGGAACAUUUACAAACCCGGACAACACAUACUACUCCGCUCCCCAGGCCCUCACGGGGGGCAAAGUGGUCGGUCACACCCACAUCACAGUCCAGGAUCUCGGCGGAAGUGCCAACCCUACGAAACCAUUGGAUGCUCAGACCUUCGCCUUCUUCAAGGGCAUCAACGAUGCUGGUAAUGGCAACGGUCUCCUCAGCGCCGAUCUCGCCGACGGUCUUCCAGAGGGCUUCUAUCGCGUCUGCUCCAUGACUUCUUCAAGCAACCACCAGCCUGUACUCAUGCCUGUAGCUCAACGUGGAGCUCAAGAUGACUGCGUUAGGUUCCAGGUUACGGCUGGUGGGGGUAAUAACAACAAGGGAGGCAAGGGGGGUCAAGCUGCUGCAAAUGGUCAAAAUCAACAGGCAGCGCAGGGACAGGCCGCUCAAGGCAACACUGGUCAGCAGCAAGCACAACAAGCUCAACAAGCUCAGCAGGCACAGCAGGCACAACAGGCGCAACAAGCACAGCAGGGAGGCGGCAGGGGCGGAGGCGGAGGUGGUGGACGUGGAGCUGGACGUGGAAGGAGCGUAUUUCAAAGACGUCGCAGCUUCGCCGAGCGCACUAUCAACCACUAGAGCAUGGACACACAGGUAAUAUUGGCUGGUUCAAACAAACUUCCUGACAUGUGCCUAUAACUUUCAGGUAUCGCGCUUCUCUAAGACAGAACAAGAGAUCUGGUUAUGAAGAGCAGUGCUCUUCACGCUGGCCAGAGUUGCAAAGGUCACUCUAUGGAGAAUGGGUGAAGCGCUUCAUUGGGCUAGUAUUAUGAACUUAUAUCUUCUUCAUUUUCCUUAGGUAUUUCACUGCGCUUUCAACGUAUAAACUCUUUGCUAAAUGUAUCAAAUUCCACUUUCUCGCACUGUGAGUCUUCUCGAUCG